AUGGGGAUCCGUAAGCAAUUUGCCUCGGCCCUGAUGGGCAGCUUUGUCCUGCUCCAGAUCCUGUUCCUUGCCAAUAUGUGCUAUCUCUAUGCGACCCAGUUCCGGAGUUCAACUCGCUUCCACAACAUGAAGAUUUUAUAUGUGGACUACGAUGGCGGUGCUGUGGGCCAGUCCGUGCUCGAUGCAUAUGCCAAUCUUCGAGGCGACAGUUUCCCGACGCUGCAGCAUUCCGACGCCGCAGCAUUCCCUACUCCUCGGGAGGUAAGGGCGGCGGUCUGCAGCGGAGACUACUGGGGUGCCGUGUAUGCCAAUUCCCAGGCGUCAUCGAACCUUACGUCGGCCUUGCAAGGUGACCAGGCCCUGUACAACAGUGACAGCGCUCUCACUUACGUCUGGAACGGCGCCCGAUAUCCCGCCAUGUCCAUGAGUGCCGUCUACUCCAGCCUACAAACCCUGUUCGCCGCAACCCGCUCGAUGUACUACGCAAGGAAUGCGUCCGAGGUGCUUCCAUUCACCAACCUGACCAGUCCGACUGCGCUGCAGGCUCUCCUCGACCCAAUCCAGGCCACGGAGAUCAAUCUCAAAGUGACGGAGCAGGGGACACGAGUUCUCUACAACACGGUGUCCAUCGUCAUGCCCAUCAUCCAGCAGUUUUUCUUUAUGAUGGCCCUGAACGGCAUCUCGUCCCAGUUCCAGAUCUUGACUAGGCUAGGCUGGCACGCUAACGGGCUGCUACGCAUGUGCAUAUCAGCCGCAUACACCUUCGUCGGGGCCCUCUGCAUGGUCGCCUACAUCUGGUCCUUCCGGGAGUCCUGGGAGGUUAACGGGAAUCAUUUCGCUCUGUCAUGGAUGAUCAUCUGGCUCUACAUGCAUAUCAACUUCCUCAUCAUGGACAUCCUCACCACCUUCGUUCCUAUGCAAUUCAUGCCCUUCUGCGUUCUCACCUGGGUCAUUUUGAACGUGGCCAGCACCAUCAGUCCGUUCGAACUGAGCCCGGGAUUUUUCCACUGGGGAUACGCCCUCCCCGCGCACGAGACCUACCAAGUCCUCGUCCAGAUCUGGAGUGACGGCUGCGAGAGCCAGCUUCAUCGCGCCCUUCCCAUCAUGUUUUCCUGGUGGAUCGUGGCUUUGGGUACCGCCAUCUUCUCCCUUCAUCACCGAUGCAACACCGCCGUGGCGGCGGAGCGCGCCGCCAUGCAGCCGGCGUCCAAGGAUUUCGAAUCGUCGGCUCCGACCGUGAGUGACGGCGAGGCGACGCGGCAGUCCGGAUCUCGUCAUCCCAGCAUCGAGCAAAUCCUGCCGCAGCGCCGGCGCGAUACGGCCGAAUCCAUUCACCUCGAGCAGCUGGCCUACGGUCCUAGCUUUCCAACGCCGCUAGGUGGGGAUCACCACCGAUAG